CACAGCUGGCUUUAACCUUCAAAGACGUUCAAAAAGAGUCGGGGGUGGUUACAUAAUGACAUCCGCUCUUUUUGGAUCAACCGCGACUGCCGAGGCGUUCUAUGACUUCAAGGUCAAGGAUGCUGAUGGCAAGACAGUCGACCUGUCCAUUUACAAGGGCAAGGUGGUGCUCAUCGUCAACGUGGCCAGUCAGUGCGGUUUCACGCCCCAGUACAAAGAGAUGGCGGAGCUUUACAACAAGUACAGCAGCCAGGGCUUUGUCAUUCUCGGCUUCCCCUGCAACCAGUUUGGCGGGCAGGAGCCGGGCAGCAAUGCGCAGGUAAAGAAAUUCGCGCAGGAUAGGGGCGCAAAGUACCCCAUCAUGUCCAAGGUUGACGUGAACGGCAGCGGAGAGGACCCGCUGUUUGGGUUCCUGAAGGCCAAGCAGGGCGGGCUGCUGACCAAGGACAUCAAAUGGAACUUUACCAAGUUCCUGGUGGAUCGACAGGGCAAUGUCAUCAAGCGGUAUGGCAGUUCCACAACGCCGCUGUCCAUUGAGGAUGACAUCAAGGGCCUGUUGUGAGAGCGCUUGCAAGAUGUUUAUUUGACUUCUGCACUUCACUUUAGAUUGCAUCGCCCCGGCGUUGCUUAUACUGUGUUUGCUUCUUUCGCUGUCCUGGUUUGGUAUCUUCGUCGGAAAGCGUAUGUGCGUUUGAAGUUCAUUUUGCCUCACUUGACUGGAAGCUAACUUGUUUUUCAUACCACGCCGCGGCUCUCAAAGGUGAACAGCAUGCUUUCAAAUUCUGGGUUUGUCUGCUGUACCCAAUUGAGCAACAAUGAAGCUUGGAAGAAGCAAUUAUCAUCAAAUACACUGUAAUCAGCAAGAAAUUCUU